UCGGAUUGGCUGGUAGCCGCCCAGAGGAGGAGUACUCAUCUGAAUCUGUCCGACGUUUCCUUCGACCCGUUCGUACUGGACACCGUAGUGUCUCGAGACGGGUCAUAUGUUGCCUUGCCCGCGGCCGUCGUUCACGUCAUGUACCGAUACGACGCCGUGGAUGCCUUCAAGCACGGUGCCAUCGGUCACAUGAUCGCCAAGCGCUUCAUCCAGAGGCUGUCCAGCACUGGUAAGUGGCCGAGAGAGUGUUCCCAACCAGCUGGUUCGAAGGCGACAAGCGUACCUGAGAACCUGCUGGCGUACCAGUGCGUCGCAGACGGCUUACAGUCCGACCUCACGCUCAACUCCAGCGCAGCCAUGUGGCUGCCUAUGCACUUGCACCUGACUCCGUGGAGGCAGUUGUUCACCAUUGGAUGCGGAAUUAAGGACUGCCGGAAGCGUGGGCUGGCCGUUGAAGGCAGCUGCGAGACGGCCGCCUUGCUAAGGCUGCCUAGCUUCGCUGACGCGUUCGGAUGCAAACUCCAAAGGCCCGACUGCAAUUUCGCCCGCUCAAAUGGGUGAAUGGCAUCGUCUUGCGGAAUCCUGUUUCUGCGAAAAGCAGCCGCGUAUGUUUGACGCUGAAAUAAUAAAAAUA